UUAUAAGAAUACCUUAUGACUGUUACUCUUUAUACCAAUUCUGCAUCACAUUCUGUUAAAGAGUCCUGUUACUUUUCCCUCUCAGCGGUUUUGCGAGUGGCUGGUUCCCUGCAGAAGAGCACGGAAGUGAUGAAGGCCAUGCAGAGUCUGGUGAAGAUCCCAGAAAUCCAGGCCACCAUGAGGGAACUAUCCAAAGAAAUGAUGAAGGCUGGCAUCAUAGAAGAAAUGUUAGAGGACACUUUUGAAAGCAUGGAUGAUCAGGAAGAAAUGGAAGAAGCAGCAGAAAUGGAAAUUGACAAAAUUCUGUUUGAAAUCACAGCAGGGGCCUUGGGCAAAGCACCUAGUAAAGUGACCGACGCCCUUCCAGAGCCUGAACCUCCAGGAGCGAUGGCGGCAUCAGAAGAUGAGGAGGAGGAGGAAGAGGCCCUGGAGGCCAUGCAGUCCCGUCUGGCCACACUCCGCAGCUAGGGUCCGCCCCGCUGGGCCCUCGGGCUCUUUCCCAGCCCACCUGCCAGGAGCGGGUACACCCCUCUGAAGCAGCACCAUUUUAUGUACCUCUUGCACUACACCUCUAAAUGAGGCACUGCAUUCUGAGAAGGUUCUCUGCUCCUAUCUUUUCACUCUUUGCAGAGGUUGUGGGAUCUCAACAGGAUUGUCCUUGAGAGGUGGGGUUAUAAAUGCAUCAUUUUCAGGAAUAUAAACAGAAGUAUCUUUUGGAGGAAAGGGCAAAGGAAUCUGUCUUCUCCCGAAGCACUUCUGAGGAUAGAGUUGACUGCCUGAAUGUUGAGGACUCUACCGUUUUUUGUCCCUAAAACACUAUUAUAUAAAAUGGAUUUUAAUAAAUUUCUGCUUUAACACUUGG